UGUCCUCGGGCUCAGGGCAUCAGAGAACACACAGCAUGAGGGACAGAAGAGGGACUCUGACCGCCCGCCUCGCACAAGAGAAGGGAGCGGGCGACAACGCAGACCAGCUGUUGUAUGGACUGAAGAGAAAGUGGAAGGAGAGCCCUUGCCCAUCGGAUGUAACUUCCUGGAUGAAUAAGCCUGCAGUUGAUGUAAGUGGAAAUUCACACAAUGAGGAGUUAUCAUCGGAAAUGAAAAAUGAUCUGAGUGAGGUCAGCCUCUUGCUUCACAAUGGUAACAGCACACUUCCACUUUUGCAAGAAUCAGUACGAAGAAAUUCAGCUGCAGCAGCUGCUCAGAGCAAGACUGUGGAUCUGCCCUUUGCUUCUGCAGAAGAGCAUUUUGCUGGGGUGCUCUGUGGUGGCAGGGAAGUUCAGGGGAGGGACUGGCUGGGAGGAGGGCCCAGGGCCACCGACAGCCACAGAGGGCGGGACCACAAAGGAGCACCUUGGGAUUCAGGACCAGCGUGCUAUCAGAAGCAGUCAGAAAUGGGGAUUUCUGAGAAUGAACUGCCAGGCGCUUUUCUGGAGAGGCUAGACUCUGAAUUGGAACCAUCUUGCCUGCGUUCCGUCCUGUCUAUGCUGCUGCACGCCCAUCCCCAAAUAGUCUUGAAUGAUGAGACAAAAUGUGUUUUCCCUGGCCAUUCAAAGCCUGUGUUUUCAGAGCAAACAGUAGAAUACAAGAAAGUGCUUUCACGUAUGAAAAGUACCUCUGAUGAUCUGCAGGUAACACUGGCAUCACUGGCUUGACAAGCUUUUGAAUUAGCAGACAUGUUGUGCCAUAGUUAAGGUACAGGCAGAACAACAAAAAUAGACUAAUUUUAAAAGUUGUCCUAGAAUGAUUUCUUUUGCAUUAAGUCUGGAUGCAAAUGGUGCAGGCAUGAAGCUCCUGCUUUGGUUUGUAGGACCAGACAGACUUAAAAGUAAGUGGAAUUUAAACUCAUGGAAAGCUGGUUGAUAACAGAAGUAAAUUUUUGAGUUUUGAGUUUUAAAUUGUGCUUGGAAGGCAUUCAAGAUUGGGAAACUGUUUCAAGGAGAAUAUUACUAGAUCCUAUAUAAAUAUCAGACUAGAACCUAAAGAUUUAAUGGAAAGUUUUGAAUAUACCUUCAGCACCCAUUCUAAAGGGCUACUGUCCCAGAUCCUGCCUCUCCAGACUGUCUUUGACCAGCUCAUGGAAGCAGAUGCUUGUAAAAUCAACCCCUGUGUACUUGCUCUAAGCCAGGCUGAGUUGAUGGUAAGCUGUUACCACUUCUGCAUUUUGUAGAAUAAUUUUGGUCGGCAAAAUUUGAUUUCUUUUCUCACAUCUCUUUCCUUCCACUUGAAAUGCAAUUUAAAUGGAGGCCCUACGGUGAAAGUUGCAAUAUUAACCUGACCUUUAGAUCACCUUUUCUCAAGUUAGGAACCCUGGGACUGUUACACAAAGUAAAAAUGAGCUUGAGACUACCUGCUGUGCUCAGUUACAGGCAAAUCAAGUAUUUCCCAUACAGGAAGUCUCCCAUUUCUAGGAGUUGAGGUAUCUCUUACCCUAGGAUUUUUCUGAGAUAAGUCCUUUUGUUGUGUGUUCAUAACUUUGAUAAAAGGUACUUAAGGGCAUAAGUUUUUAAGGAGUCCCAAAGGAAGACCUAACCAUUUUCGGAAUGAUUGAUUGCAUCUAUCAGUUUCUAUUGUGUGCUAAAUCACUAUGCCGUGUAUUAUUUUAGUGUUUUGGGGAAAUGAAAAAUAAAACCUGUUCUUUAGCAUAAUAAAUGUCUUAUUUUAUGUGUGUA